UCCUAGUCUGUGGUCUGGCAACAGUUCGCUACUGCGGAGCUGAGUAGCGUUGUCAAGUGCAUACGUUUACUUUUUCUACUUUUAAAACUAUUACCAAAGACAGAUAUGGCGGAGCUUAGUUUUGUAAUUCCUAUGUCGGUAAUGACUCUGUUUUGGGGGAUUAUUGGUGGAGUUGUGCCGUGGUUUAUCCCCAAAGGACCGAACAGAGGAGUGAUAGUUACCAUGUUGGUGCUAACUGCUGUCUGCUGCUACCUGUUCUGGCUGAUAGCAAUUCUGGCCCAGCUCAACCCUCUGUUUGGACCAGCUCUAAAGAACGAUACCAUCUGGUACAUGUACUACCACUGGUCCUAGUCUACCAGCCCUCGGUUCCUCUCCUACUACAGAAGAGGACCUGACUCACUGCUGUACACAAAUGAAGCCCUCGAUCACCUCCUCACAAAGGGAACUGUUCUUGUUCAUCUUAAGCCUUAACCCAGCCUUUGACACCUGAACUUAGUGAGAGUGGAGACAUGCCUGCAAAGGUGAUUUGUACAAACGGAUCCCCAAAGGACUUUUCUAAAGAAAUCCUAUUUUGUGCUUUAAGAAUGAAGCAUCAGCCUUUCCUUUGAUUUGUAUGAUGUGCUGUAUGAUGUACUGUGUGACUUUUUGAUUCUCUAACAUUGAUAUAUGAUCUUGUCAAGGCAUGUUACUAGUUACCCUAGCCCAUUUAUAGACGCUAACUACCUUUAGCGCCUAUUGACGAUAGUAUCUUCUGGCCAGGGGAGUUUUGUUAAGGCACCCAAAGCUUGCUCUAAAUGUUAACACGCAUCGCUUGCGGUAUGGUUAAAUGAAUACACACCUUUUAUAGGUUCGGUUCCCACACUGCCAUAUUUCCAUGUUGCAGUGUUUGUUUAUGGAAAACAGACGGAAGAGAGAAGCGACUACCUGCUAAUUAGCUAUCUAUGAUUGUGUCUACGAACACCUGUGUGUGAACGGAAGAAGGACGCCAUAAACGUGUCACUGAAAAACACUGUCGGCUGCAACUGUGUUAAAACAGUGUAGUAAGUAUUUUGCAUUUGUGAAAUUAUUUUGAUGUGGGAUAAAAG